AUGGAGACGGAGGCAGAGCGUACGUCCCGUCUGUAUGCAGAAGCCGAGGCGAAACGGAUUUCUGAGCAAAUCGACGACGACCUGCGGGAGGAGAGGGAGCGAUUGAAGAAGAAGAAGGGCGACGUCAAAGUCAGUGCGCUUUACAAUUAUGCGCCGCAUAUACUCAUCCUGCGCUGCAAGCUUCUUCUCCUUGGUCAAGCCGAGAGCGGGAAAUCGACGCUGCAGAAACAGUUCCAGCUCAUGUAUAAACCCACUUCGAUGGAUCAAGAACGCGCAUCUUGGACAGCGGUCAUCUACUUCAACGUCGCUCAUUCAUUAAAACACAUCCUAGCUACGCUUGGACGACACUCUUGA